AUCUAAGACUAUUUGAAGAAAGAAACGCUUCUCUCUCGAGCGUGAUCGUGAUCCGUUCCCUUCCAAUUUUACCAAAAUAUUAAAGAAAAAACAAAAUAUACUAUUUCAUUUCCGUCCCCUUUCAUUCUAAUACAUUCCAAUGUUUCCCAGUGCCGGCGUUCCCAAGAAGCGGCAACGCACCACCGCCGCCAACCGUUCCUCCUCCACAGUUGGCACCAUCUCCUCCCUCUCCGACGUAACCCUAAUCGAAAUCUCCCAAAACCCUCGACCUUCCUCUCCCAUGACCGACGACCGCCCCUCUCCCGCGGCGGAAGACGCUCUCCAUUAUAACGACGCUUCCACCGCCGACGUCGUCCUCCGCCUCUUCAUCGACGCUCCCUCUCCGCUCGAUUCCGUUUCCAACUCCGACCACCACGUCUACCUCCACUCCGACGUCCUCCGCCGCUCCAAAUACUUCUCCGCGCUCCUCUCCGACCGGUGGAUCGGCCACGUCGCGCCGGAGCUCUCGUCCUCCUCCUCCUGCAACCGCGACCGCGACCUCGACCUCUUCCGCCUCAACCUCGGUGUGGCUCCCACCGGCGGCUCGAUCCAAUCGCAUCUCACCGUCCUGGAGCUUCUCUACACGAACGACUUCGCCGCGGCGGUGGACUGCGCGUCGACGGCGCUGGAUCUGUUACCGGUGGCGCUGGAGCUCCUUUUCGAAGAUUGCGUGCGCUGGUGCGUGGAUUUCCUCGAGGCGGUGCCGUGGACGGAGGAGGAAGAGAAGCGAGUGGUGAGAUUAAUCCCUUUCCUUAGAGAGGAAGAGUCGAAGGAACUCGUGGCUAGGGUUUGGCCUUCGGGAGAGGACUCAUGCGAAGCGAUGCUGCAAGGAUUGAUUUCCUCGGCGAUGAACAGUUACGGCAACACGGCGUUCGUGAAGGCUUUCGUAGGGAAGAUUCUUCGGGAUCUGUCGUCGAGGGAGACGGCGAAGAGAGUGUUAGAGAAGGCGUUCGCGAUGAGCUUGAAGACGGUGAAGGAGUCGUUGGAGGAUUACUCGAGUCCGGUGUUCAGAGGGGAUCACAAUGAGACGGAGGCUAUUCAGAGGCUGAAUCUGCAUAAGGCUUCCACCAAUGGGAAGCAUCUUCUGUGGCUUGUGGAGAGGAUGAUUGAGCUUAGGGUUGCCGAUGUCGCCGUCAGGGAAUGGAGCGAGCAAGCUGGCUUCACUGCUGAUUUGCAGAGGGCGUUUCGUGAUGAUGCGUGGAGGAACAUUGUGCCUGGCCUUCCUGCUGUUAUUCUCAGGUGUACGUGUAGGCUCGCCAACGCUGUCUCUGCUGGCACCAUUCUCGCUUCUAGACAGGUGAGAAGGAAGCUUGUAGAAGAUUGGUUGCCGGUUUUGGUUGUAUGCAAAGAUAAUGUUUCACCAAUAUCACCCAGCAACAAAUCGUUGUAUCUGGAACUGGAAGAAACAUUCUUGCGAAUCAUCUCCACAUUGCCUAUGUCAGAUGCUCAAGAAUUGUUGCAGCAGUGCCUCAGCUUUUCAACCCGAAAUGUUGAAGAUUGUCCUCAUUUGGUUACUGCAUUCAACACCUGGUUCCGCCGAGCAGCCCGACCCCUCAAACCAGAUUCUCUCUUUGAUCAAUGAGAUGUCUGUUCGUUCUGUUGCGCCUUUCUUGGGUCGCAUAUUGUCAAAUAUUGUGCAUAUGUAAAUACUAUGUUCAGAAAGUUUAAGUUUAACAUUGUACAUAUAAAUCGAAACUAAGUCUUGUCUUCUAGGACAAACCAGCCAAAAUACAGUCCUUGUCUUGAGGCCUAUAAUGGGUUCCUUGGAAUGCAAGAUUUUCAGUUCUAAGUUUUAGUUCGUCGUUGCAUAAUUUCCUGUGGGUGAAACGGUGCUUAAGAAAUUUUUGGUCAAAA